GCUUUUAUUUUGAAAUCGGGAGAACGGGGGCUUCCUGUUUCCGUGCCGUCUCCUCCUCACCGCGGCGGCUUGACGCUCCUCGGUGAGGAGGAGUGAGGAGAGGAGGAGAGGAGAGAGAGAGAGGAGCUCCUCCAGCGGACCAGAGAGAGAGAGAGAGGUGGUGAGGAAUCCCAGCAGCCCCCCCAGGAGAGGAGAGAGAGCCGGACCGGCUGGACCCCCCGGAGGAGGACCCGAGAGAGAGAACCACGUUGCCACGGGAGAAGAGAGGCCUCAGAUCAGGGCUGCAGUAUGUUCACUUCAGUGAAGGCCUUCGAGGGGCAGCAGUACUCCACCCUGAAGAGGCAGUGCUUGCAGAGUGGCCUGCUCUUUGAGGACCCCCGUUUCCCCGCCUUCGACGACUCGCUCUUUUACCAGGGCAACAGGAUCGGACGUGUGGUCUGGAAGAGACCUCGGGAGCUGUGUGAGGACCCUCACCUGUUUGUGGAUGGCAUCAGCGCACACGAUUUACAUCAGGGACAGCUAGGGAACUGCUGGUUUGUAGCGGCGUGCUCCAGUCUGGCCUCCAGAGAGUCUCUGUGGCAAAAAGUCAUUCCCGACUGGAAGGAGCAGGAGUGGGACACAGAGAAGCCAGAGUCGUAUGCCGGGAUUUUCCACUUCCGCUUCUGGCGCUUCGGUGAGUGGGUGGACGUGGUGAUUGACGACCGGCUACCGACGGUGGACAACCAGCUGGUCUACUGCCACUCCAACGACAGCAACGAGUUCUGGAGCGCCCUGGUGGAGAAGGCCUACGCCAAGGUUUACGGCGUCUACGAGGCGUUGGAUGGGGGAAACACGGCCGAUGCUCUGGUGGAUUUCACGGGUGGUGUUUCGGAGCCCGUGGACCUGCUGGAGGGUCAGAUGGCGACGGACGAAGUGGCCCGAAACCAGCUGUUUGAAAGAGUUCUCAAAGUCCACAACAGAGACGGUCUCAUCAGCUGCUCCAUCAGGGCGACCACGGUAGAGGACAUGGAGGCACGGCUCGACUGCGGCCUGGUCAAAGGCCACGCCUACGCCGUGACAGACGUACGGAAAGUGCGGCUAGGUCACGGACUGUUGGCCUUCUUCAAGUCGGAGAAGCUGCAGAUGAUCCGCAUGAGGAACCCCUGGGGAGAGAAGGAGUGGAGCGGCCCCUGGAGCGACAGUUCGGAGGAGUGGAACAAGGUGAGCAAGAGCGAGAGAGAGAAGCUCGGUGUCACCGUGCAGGACGACGGCGAGUUCUGGAUGACGUUCGACGACUUCUGCCAGUACUUCACUGACCUGAUCCUGUGCCGCCUCAUCAACACCUCCUACCUGAGCAUCCACAAGACCUGGGAGGAGGAGGUGAUGAGGGGCUCCUGGGUCCACCGCCAGGACCCCCUUCGCAACCGGUCCGGAGGCUGCAUCAAUCACAAGGCCACCUUCCUGCAGAACCCUCAGUAUGUGUUUGAUGUGAAGAAGGUGGAGGACGAGGUGCUGAUCUGCUUACAGCAGAAAGAAAAGAGAGCCACACCCAAAGAGGGCAAAGGGGAAAACCUCGCCAUAGGCUUUGAUAUUCACCGGGUGGAGCUAAAUCGUAAGUACCGUAUGCACUCAGCCCAGCAGAAAGUAGCGGGCUCCAUCUACAUCAACUCGCGCUGCGUCUUCCUCAGGAAGGAGUUGCAGGAGGGCCGCUACGUCAUCAUUCCCACAACCUUUGACCCCGGGCAGCAGGGCGACUUCCUGCUCCGUGUCUUCACUGAUGUGCCUUCAGACUGCAAAGAGCUGACUCUUGAUGAUCCUCCUCAGACAUGUUGGACGGGGAUGUGUGGCUACCCUCAGCUGGUCACUCAGGUCCAUGUACUGAAUGCUGAGGGUCUGCAGGGACAGGAGUCCAAUGGAGCUGUGGAUCCGUACGUGAUCAUCACCUGUGAAGGAGAGAGGGUUCGUUCACCGGUUCACAAGGACACGCGGUGCCCAAACUUCGACAUCAAAGGCCUGUUUUACCGCAAGAAACCCAAGGAGGGCAUCCACAUCGAGAUCUACAACAAGAACAUGAUCGUGGACACCUUCCUGGGUCAGGUGAUCCUGUUCAGCGACCCCAACGAGCGGCAGGAGCAGCACACGCUUCACCUCCGCGACAAGGGCAGCCGCCAGGACAACGACCUCCCGGGCACGCUCACUGUGCGCCUCAUCACCUCGACCACGCUCACCAACAUCUGACGCGAUCGUUUAUAUGAUCACGACGAUCGAGGUGGCGUUCAAUCGCGUGCUCACUGUGUCUUUCUUUCUGCCGUUUUGCGCUCUCUUUGUGUCUCUUAUUGUUUCCCUCUUUUCUUUUGCGUCAGCCUUUAGCUUUGUUACAAGGGUUUUUGAAGGCCUAUAACUAUAUUUCUGGAUGAAAAAUGUCCAUAGACAAUCUUUGGGGUUUGUAUUUAAUAUCUUUGAACACAUUCCUGCCAACAUUGUCCCUUUAUUUAAUGUUUGCAUCAGAAAUGUGUUCAAAAAGUCGGUUUCAUUGCAGGUUUUGAUGCCAGAAUUUCCAACAACUGAGCUACAGUUUAACACAUUUUUAAGAAUAUCAGCUGAAAUCCGUUCAUCGGUCUGAUCCUAAUAGAGAGGUGAAGUCUCUCCUCUUCCAGUGAACCACCAUGGGACCUUAUUUCAGAAAAAAUAAGAACGGUAGUCAACGGAGAGAGACAAAUAUCUUUUUGAUCCCGUUUGAAUUGCAUCAU